AUGAAAGUCUCUUUCACUUUUAUUUUGGCUAUAAUUUUAGCCUUUCUUGCCACUAAUUACGUCGCUACACCAAUCGAAGAAUUUGAAAAUGGUGUUGUCUAUGAAAGGAGUGAACAUAAGGAUAAACCAAAAAAAUAUGGAAAAGCUGGCCAUGGUAAACUUGGAAAACACAACCAUGGAAAACUCGGAAAAUGUCUAAAAUAUGAAUUUGGAAAACUUGGAAAAUGUAUUAAACAUGAAAUUGGAAAAUGUUUAAAAUACGAACAUAAAGAACAUGAACAUGGAAUGAUGGGAAAACAUGGAAAACACGAAAAACAUGGAAAGCAUGGAAAGCAUGGUAAACACGGGAAACACGGAAAACACGGUAAAUAUGGGAAACAUGGAAAAAAUGGAAAACUCGGAAAACUUGGAAAAUGUAUAAAAUUUGAAAUUGGAAAAUGUAUAGCAUAUGACCUUGGAAAAUGUUUAAAAUAUGAACACGGAAAACUUGGAAAAUUCGGAAAAUUUGGCAAAUUUGGCAAAUUCGGUAAAUUCGGUAAAUUCGGUAAAUUUGGAAAAGGAAAAAUGCAUUUCAAAGAUUAUAAAGACAAACCAAAAUAUCCUAAAGCUAAAUACUAG